CGACUGCAGGUCGCGGGGCCACCGCGGUCCGCGGGGAAGGGGACUCCGCUGCCUUGCCAAGAUGCGCGGCGCCCCCUGCCGCCAGCCGGAGGAGCGCAGGGCCCGCUCGCAGGAGGCCGGGAACAUGGCGGGGCAGCCCGCGGCCUCUGGCUCGCCGUCUGCCGACAAGGACGGAAUGGAGCCCAACGUCGUGGCUCGGAUCUCGCAGUGGGCAGACGACCACCUGCGCCUAGUCCGGAACAUCAGCACUGGAAUGGCCAUAGCUGGAAUAAUGUUACUUCUAAGAAGCAUUCGACUGACAUCAAAAUUUACAAGCUCUUCGGAUAUUCCAGUAGAAUUUAUAAGAAGAAAUGUUAAACUGCGUGGACGAUUACGCCGAAUAACUGAGAAUGGUUUAGAAAUUGAACAUAUACCUAUUACUUUACCUAUUAUAGCUUCAUUGAGAAAAGAGCCACGUGGUGCUUUGCUGGUUAAGUUGGCUGGAGUAGAACUCGCUGAAACUGGGAAGGCAUGGUUACAAAAAGAGUUAAAACCUUCCCAAUUACUAUGGUUCCAACUUCUUGGAAAGGAGAAUUCAGCACUCUUUUGCUAUCUUUUGGUGAAUAAGGGUGGAUAUUUCAGUGUGAAUCUGAAUGAAGAGAUUUUGAGAAGAGGCCUUGGCAAAACUGUUCUUGUUAAAGGGCUUAAAUAUGAUUCUAAAAUCUAUUGGACAGUUCACAGAAACUUACUUAAAGCCGAAUUAACAGCCUUAAAAAAAGGAGAAGGAAUAUGGAAGGAAGACUCUGAAAAAGAAAGUUAUUUGGAAAAAUUCAAAGAUUCUUGGAGAGAAAUAUGGAAAAAGGACAGUUUUUUAAAAACAACAGGAUCAGAUUUCAACUUGAAAAAAGAAAGUUAUUAUGACAAACUUAAAAGGACUUAUGAAAUAUGGAAAGACAACAUGAACAAUUACUCCUUAAUACUGAAGUUCAGAGAACUUAUAAGUCGCAUACACUUUCGUAGAAAAGGGUGAAAUGGUCAAGAGAUCUAGAGGUAACUUUCUCCAAAGAGUAAAAUAUGUAAAUAUAUGGACGUUUUUCAUUGACUCAAAAUGGAAGUUUUGCCAAAUGAUCAAAGUGUUAGUCUAAUGGUAUUUAAAUAUUAAAAAGAGAUGAUUAUUAUAAGUAUAAUGUCAAUUAAUUUAAACAAAUUAUAAUUAAUGUAAUAUGAUUUGAGGAAAGAUGAAACACUUUAUGAGAAUUUACCAGGCUGAAUGAUUUACAUAUAUAGUGCUAAUGUGUGAAGAGAAAGUUUAACUCUUCACCACUAUGUUGUUUUUAGUUAUUUUGAGCAGCCAUAUUGAAUUUUUUGUUUGUUUGUUUUGAGAAGCCGUUUUGCUCUUGUUGCCCAGGCCAGAGUGCAAUGGCGUGAUCUUGGCUCACUGCAACCUCCUGCUUCCCAGGUUCAAGCGAUUCUCCUGCCCCAGCCUCCCGAGUAGCUGGGAUUACAGGCAUGCACCACCACGCCCGGCUAAUUUUGUAUUUUUAGUGGAGACGGGGUUUCUCCGUGUUGGUCUCGAAUUCUUGAUGACUUCAGAUGAUCUACCCACCUUGGCAUCCCCAAGUGCUUGGGAUUACAGGUGUGAGCUACCAAGCCCGGCUUUUUUUGUUUUGACACGGAGUUUUGCUCUUGUCACCCAGGCUGGAGUGCAGUGGCGUGAUCUUGGCCCACUGCAACCUCUGCCUCCUGGGUUCAAGUGAUUCUCCUGCCUGAGCCUCCCAAGUACCUGGGAUUACAGGAGCUCCCAUCAAGCCUGGCUAAGUUUUGUAUUGCCAUAUUGAAUUUUUGUUUAGAAAAGAUAUGUGUUUAUGUUUCCAGUUUUAUUACCUUUCACUAUUUAUAAUAAAGGAAUUCUUUAUGCUUUA